GUAAUGGAAUAUUUCUCUUUACAAUGUGACGUUUUGUAUGUGCAGAUGGUUCCAGAGAGCAGAUAAUAGAGAUACAAUUUAUUUCGUAGGCUACAUGUGAAAGGCCACGGACAAAGACAAAAGUCAAAGAUAUUUUUAGCAUAGCAUACUGUACUGUCACAUAGAGGCGGGGCUUGGAUGCUUGAGAAUCAGGGAUGCGAGCACCCAAUAGCAGGUGGAGACUGUGGAGACAGCAUUCGCCGUGAUGAAGGAGAAUGAAAUGAAGGACCGCAGUGACAGCGAUUAGGCCGCAUGAAGUAGCCUAUCGAGCCAGCAGUUUAUACCACAGGCUAUUUUGACAAACCACAAGGGAAGUGGACCGUCUGUGCCGCGUCGCUUUGGGCAAUUAACGUUAUGCCCGAUUUCUACGAAUUGUCGACAGAAGCUUUACCUCUGUAACCUGAUAUUAUGCAGGGUGCAGAAGGCACUAUACAUACUGACUUCGAACAAAGCAUCGAUUCUGAAAAUAAUCGGCGAUCCAUAAGGUCAGUUGGCUAUUUAUCGUUUAGACAGAGCCAUUUAAAGGUUGUUUUCGGUCUUAUUUAUAAUACAAGUAGCCUACACUUGGAGGCUGCUAUGAGUGCUUUCUUGUAGGUUAUAUAGAUGAGCAGAAUGUGGGAUCAGCUGUCCCGUCAAGGGCCUAAUAUGUAUUCGUUUUUUGUAAAUAUGUCGAGUACAUAUGAAUGAUGUAAGCAUCAGGAAAAUAAGAGUGGCGAUUCUAGGCUAUGUAGCCUCGUGUAAGAUUGCUGAUAAGGCUCCGGGUUCAUCAAAUGUCCGUAAGCUACAGAGAAAAAUCACUGAAAUGAUUGAACUGGUCCAGCGAAAACCGUAAACAAGAUAACCAUGGUCGAUCCUCUGGAACCAGAAGAUCCUUGUAAGACCAGUGACCCUUACGUUGCGAUCCCAUCAGCAGAGGCUGAUGUUCCUAGAAUUCCAGAAGAGAAUGGCACUGUGGUCACAGGAGCAACCGAGAAUGACUCAGUCCCAGCCACUCCACCCCUGUCUGAGCCCUGAAUCUGCUCCAAAUGAGAACCAGCAGCCGAACUCAGAGCAGCCGAACUCAGAGCAGCCAAACUCAGAGCAGCCGAACUCAGAGCAGCCGAACUCAGAGCAGCCGAAAAAGCUACACCUGGAUCUUUAUAACUUUGACACACCAGUAGCAGAAGGGAGUCGCUAUGUGCUGACAAGUCCACGCUCAUUGGAGGCAUGUGCACGGUGUGGGGUCAAACCCGUGGAGCUCCUGUCCCGGCCUCUGUCUGAUUUUGCCCGUGAGGCACCAGGACGUUCGAUGCGCGUGGCCACAGGGAUGUUUGAGGUAUAUGAGAGGGACCGGCAUGGAAAACUAAGGCACUGCAGGGAGGAACGAGAGCGAAUCAUCAAGGAGGAGAAGAGACGCAUCUUGCAGGCUGCACUAAACAGCAACAGCACAGAAGUGCAAAAUCCUGAGAGUCCUGUCAACGGCACUCAGUCAGCUAAAGCCAACUCUCUAAGCUCCAGUACAACCCCCAAAAAUUCCCUUUCAAAUUCUGGAAUGUCAUCCAUGAACACCCCAAUAAGUUCAGGACUGACAUCCAAAAGGCCUCUGUCAGGCUCAGGUCAGUUGGAUAAAACAAUCCCCUCCAGUUCAAGCUCCUCCAGUAAGUCUUUUACAACAUGCUCAGAUCAGUCCACAAAACUCAGUCCAAAGAUUUCUAUGCCUGCCUCCAAAGGCACAAACCCUGCUAAGCCAAAUAAGCCCACCUCUAGAACUGAACCCUCUGUAAAAGCAAGUGCUGUGUCUCAGACAUCCAUGUCAUCAUCAGGUGGAAAAUCACAACAGUCGUCUACAGGUCUGGGUUCAAAAAAGACCCCUGGUAGCACAUCAAAGUCUUCAAACACUUUUCCCAGGUCAACUCACAAGCCUAGCUCCUUUCCGAGAACAUCCUCUCUGGCAGCAGUUGUCUCAAAGUCUGCAGCACAAAGCCCAGCUGCUAAUGGCACAGGUGGUCGCUUCACCCAGCACAAUGGGCACAUCUUAUCUCAAUCAAAAGGCCCUGGUAGAAGCCAUUCCCUGGAAUCCUUGCAAAGGAGACGAGAGGCAGGAUGCACCUCUGCGACUCCCACCACUACCACCAUAACCACAUGUGGUUCCUCAGAGUCGGGAGCAUCAUCCUCCUACAGCUGGGACAACCCACGGGAUCAUUGUGGUAAAGCCUGUAGCCCCAGAGCCCGCACCCUGGCCACCUUCAAUUCCUUGAUGGGUCGGAGCCUGAGCCUCGGUGACCUGAGCCACUCGCUCCAGACCACACAGAAGGUGGAGCGAAUCGUUAGGGAGGUGAGGCGCAAGGGGUUGAAAGCUGUACCUGAACGAGAUCGCAAGAUCGCCGCGCUGAUGCUCGCCAGGUACCAAGAAGAAGAUAUCAUGAGUCAGACACGUUACGUGGCUCACCUGCAGUGGGACAGCGAGCGGCGCCUGGACGAGCUGAGGCGAGAGCGCGAGGAGAGGGAGAAACAGCGGGCGAUGCAGCAGUGCCAACGGGCAUGGCAGUCUCAGGUGUCGACCCGCCAGCGACGUCUCAGCCAACAGGAGCGCGAUUCGUCCGCUGCCAAGCUCCGGCUGGUGGAGGAGAGCGAGGAGCGCUGGCGGGAGCAGGCGGAACAUCAGGAGCGCAACAAGCUACAGCGGCUGCAGCAGGCAGCGCGUGAGGAGAAGCAGAAGAAGGCCCUGCAGGAGCAGAACCUGCGUGCUCUCGUGGAUGAGCGAGGAGCCAUUUUGGAGCAGGAGAAGCUGCUGCUGAGAGAGAAGCUGACCAUCGCUGAACUGAAGAGGCAAGAGCGUGAGCACCAGGCGCAGGAAGAGCGCCUGGGUCUGAACCGUGCCGAGCGGAGACGUCACGCCGCGCUGAUCCAGGAGAUCGCCCGACGAGAGGAAGAGGAACGCGACGAGGCCCGCAGGCAAGCCGAGGAGAAGCUGACCCGUUCUCUGGAAAACUACGAGCAGAUGGUCGAGCGACGGGAGAGAGAGCUGAAGGAAAAGGCCAAGCGCGAGGAGCAGCAGAGUCAGAAAGCUCGAAAGGCUGCCGAGCAGAGGGAGCGGCAGCAGAAGCAGCAGCUUGAGGCGAGAGUGCGGGAGACGGAGAAGAGGGCGCAGCAAGCGGCCCUGGUAGCUGAGGAGCGGGUAAAAGAGAAGGCUCAGCGGGCCGGCCAGAGCAGACAAGAGAAGGAGAAGCUCCAGAGACUGAACCGGCAGCGUGUGGAGGAGGAGGAGAGGCUGAGACGCCUGGAACUCCUUCAGUCCAUCGAGAGGAAGCUGGAGAAGAGUGAGCAGAUCUUUAAGGAGAAGCGGGCUAUCCUGGAAAGCGCCCGAUCUGUGGCACGAGCCUCUUUUCAUGUACGGGACAAGGUGCGGGAGGAGACCAAUAUGCGCACAUUUGAUAAAAUGGCCCUGGAGGCCCAAUUCCAAGCCAGUCUGGAUGAGAAGUGUGAGAAGUGAAAACCCCUCUACCCUGCAAACAGGGUCUUUCUACUGCUCUGUUGCUGGAAGUGGUCUUACUGUAGCUCAAGCCUUCAUGCAAGCCUCAUCAUUGCAAAACCUUUGCUGGACAUGGUCCUAAAAGGUCACAAUUCAUGUAUUUAUUUUCCACCAAUGGGCUAUCUUCAUCUUGUAAUAAAGCAAUGUAUUCCCUUACUUUUGUUGGUUUUGACUGGUUGCUGAUCGGACAAUCAUCAGUUCAUCAUUGGAUUUGUUUUGGACAAGGACUGAGUUUUUUUAAAGCUUGGCAUAAAGCCAUUGCUGGACUUGGAGACGUGCUGAAAAUAAAAAGUGGACUGUUGACUUGGAAACCAGACACCAUGACGACCGAAAUGGCUUUUGACGAAGAAAAAAGCUUCUGUUCCUGUGGCAGUAAUUGCAGAAAGGGGAGUGUCUUAAAGU